CUCUCUCUCCCUUUCUCCUGUCUCCCUUUCUCCUUCUCUCUUUCUCUCUGUUUCUCCUUCUGUCCCCCCCUCCUUCUGUCUCUCUCUCCCUCCCUCUCCUUCUGUUCCCCCCUCUCUCUCCUUAUCCUUCUGUCUCAGUCUCUUUCUCCUCCCCCUCUCUCUUUCUCCUUCUGUCUCUCUCUCCUUCUGUCUCUCUCUCUCUGUCUCCCUCUUUCUCUUUCUGUCUCUCUCCCCCUUUCUCCUUCUGUCUCUCUCUCCCUUUGUCCUUCUGUCUCUCUCUCUCUCUCUCUUUCUCCUUCUGUCUCUCUCAAUCUCUGGCUGAUGGAAGGAGGAGUGAGACAAGGUGACUGGCACCUGGGUGUACUGUCCCUCCCUCCGUCCCUCUGGCUGAUGCCAGUAACUGGAGUUGGAGACAGCGGUGGAGUUGGGUAUUGGUGCCGGAGGAAAGAGUGAUCGGGGGAGAGAUCCGGGGAAAGGUGGGGAGGGAGAGGGAGGAUCUGGUGGUGCCGUGCCCCAGGUCUGGGCAGCUCACUGAACCCACUGAGCCUCCUGUAACCCAGUGCUUCCUGAUCGAUGGGAGUGAGCGAGUUCCCAGACAGCAGGGUAAAGGCGAUCCUCACGAUAAUGCGCAGGUCUCCUGAUGUGAGUCCCCGCAGAUUGUCAGAUGUCAGCCCCCAGCUCCGCCAGCUCAAAUACCUGGUCGUGGAUGAAUGCAUCAAGGAGGAUCUGAAAGCAUCUAGAUCAUUUGAGGAUUUGAGCAGUAUCUCCUCGGCUGGCCUCAGUUCCAUUGAGGAACGUAUCCUUAGGAUCACUGGUUAUUAUGGUUACCAACCCUGGUCUCUCCGUUUCCCCAGAGAUGAGUGCCCGGCAGAAGCAAGUGGGAGCAGAGUUGGUGCGAGGGCAUCCCGGACAGAAGCGGAUACGCAGGCAGAGCCCAGAGGAGGAGGAGGAGGGCGGCGUCUGAGGCGUAGAACAGGACCAGCUUGUUGCCAGCAGCGGCACUGCUCUGUCAGGCAGCUGAAGAAGGCCCUGUGGGCCUCAGCGGUGGUCCUCAGUAUCUGCUCAUCCUGGGCAGGCAACAACCAGCUUGCUCAAAUCACCUUCAGGAUUUUUGACGCCCCCUUUGCUGUCACCUGGUUUGCCACCAUCUGGAACAUCCUCUUCUUCCCAUUAUACUAUGCCGGCCACUUCUGGAGUUCAGAGGAGAAACAAUCACCACGGCAAAGAUUCCGGGAAUGCUGGAGGUUUUUUGGGGAUGAUGGUUUGACCAUCAAACUGUUCUUCAGCAGGAUGGCCCCAUUCUGCGUCCUGUGGACUUUAACAAAUUACCUAUACUUCCUGGCCCUAAAGAAAAUCAGUGCGACGGAUGCGUCUGCUCUGUUCUGCUGCAACAAGGCUUUUGUUUUCCUGCUUUCCUGGAUAGUUCUGCGGGACAAGUUCAUGGGUGUUAGGAUAGUGGCUGCCAUCUUUGCCAUUGCGGGCAUAGUGAUGAUAACCUACGCUGACGGUUUUCACAGUCACUCUGUCAUUGGAAUCACUCUGGUUGUAGCCUCAGCAUCCAUGUCAGCUCUUUACAAGGUCUUGUUUAAGAUGCUCCUGGGCAGUGCCAAGUACGGUGAAGCAGCUUUGUUCCUUUCGGUGCUGGGACUUUUCAAUGUCACCUUCGUCACUUUUGUUCCGGUGGCCCUUUACUUUACUGGCGUUGAGCACUGGACCCCGUUCAGCUUCAUUCCCUGGGAGAAACUGUGCGGGAUGGCGACUCUCUUGCUGUCCUUUAACAUCCUGAUGAAUUUUGGGAUUGCUGUCACAUCACCAACUCUGAUCUCGGUGGGCGUAGUCCUGAGUGUCCCUGUAAAUGCUGUGGCUGAUGCCUACUGCAGUGACAUUGUGUUCAACGGUGUGCGGGUAAUCGCUGUCCUGAUCAUCUGCCUGGGCUUUCUUCUGCUGCUGCUGCCCGAGGAAUGGGACCAAAUAGCAAUGGACUUCCUGUCCCACUUCAAGGUCAGGAAGAAGGAAGAGGCUGUCGACGAGCAGGGAGAGGCUGGCUUUGUGGGACAGAGCCGAAACAAGGGCUCACGGACCUCCACUGCUACGUUUGCACAUUCAUUCUAGCCAGCGGCUUGGAGAUUACAACAAAACUCUGAAUGAUGAAAGGCAGUUGGUGACAGACACAAUGAACUCAUGUUCCUUAUGCGGGUCUGUCUGGUAGGACCAUUGUAACAUGUUGGACAUGUCUGGUCACUUGCAUUUCUCGGGAUCCAGUCACAGGCUCAUUGGUCACUGGAGAGGGGAGGGUUAAUGGACACCACUGAAGGAGAAGAAUGAGGCAAAGCAGCCCAACUUCUGACUUUGUUUUGUUACUGCCCAGGUAUCCAGACGGAGAGUGUUUGGCGGCAGGGGUGGUCAAGGGAGGGUGAACUGAUCUCAGGAUGGGGUGAGUAUGGUGGACUGGCUUUUCUCUCUUACACCCAGCCCAA